AUGUACACCGAUGACGUCAUCAUGGAACGCGGAAUCUUCUCGUGCUGCUUUCCGACGGUCGACUUCGGAGUUCAGUCGAGGUUUAAUCCACGUCAUCUUCUUCUUCCACGUCUUCAUCAGAUUCUUGCUUCGGAUCCUCUAGCAAAGCCAACUUCUCCGGUCUUUCUUCUGGCUCCACAUCUACUGAAGCUGAAUAAGGCUCCUCCUUCAAUUCCAACGCCUCUGUCAGAUUCUUCUUCUUCAAUUUCUGCUCCAACUCAUCCAUUGGCAUUGUAUCCAACUGCUCGAACACUUCCUCAUUCUCCACUCUCACUCUUAAACUUGGUGGCAACGGAAUCAAAUCCACUGGAUCCUCCUCCUCAACAGGCACCUGAUCCUCCACUCUAUGAUGAGUUUCCAAUCAGCUGCCAGACAGCUGCAACCGUUUUCAGUCUCACACAGACAUCGGCCAUCAUGUGCAGUUUCAAUGGGUAUGACCGAUGGGAUCAGAUUGGUGUCGAGUUCGAUAUCAGUGAAGUUGUACUCUCCAAAUUGUACAGCUCGGCCAUCGAUGAUUUCAGUUUUCAGGUCGUCUUUGGAGAUCACGGCGGAUUGGAGCAUAACGAUUCCAGAGCUGUCGAGGAGGCGGACCUGAAAACAUGUUAUAGUUGCGGUUUCAGAUUGAAGAUUUGA